AUGAUUUUGAACUUUUGUAUAACACUUCAGAUAACGAUUGUAGUUAUAUGUAAAACAAUAUGUCUUGUUCCAAGAUCAUUUUUGAUCUUAUUCUCUUAUUGUUACCAUUUUGGCAAGUCUUCCUUGAAAAGGUUUAAGGAAGAACCAAAUGCAUCUAACAGCAAUGUGAUAUCAGAUUUGGAAGAAUAUAGUGGUUACGUCCUGCAAAUUGAACCAGAUGCGAAGCUUUCAAAGAGAAUAUUACGAAAUGUGCUCAGCUCUAUAACUCAACUUCUUCAUGAGUUUGAAAAGAAAGAGCCAAGGAAUCUUAUGAAGCUUCUCGAGAAAUCUACAGGAUUCUAUGGAGUAAUAGAGUUUGACAAUGAUGGAGUUCCACCUUUACAUCCAGAAGAAAUCCAGAAUUGCUGGAGCCUAGUCGCUCUAACAUUAACAGCCAUUGCUCUUGCGCUUCCGAAUAUUACAAACUGCAAUGUCAAGCGGUUGCUUUCAAGUAUGAAAGAAGGUCUUCAAUUUGUAAGACAUAUCGAAGAAAGACUCAAUGCAAACGAAGAGUUGGUAAAGGCAAGAGAAGCAGCUAGACAUGUGUGGACAGACGUUGAAGUAUACUGCAAGUGGCUACAAAUUGAUCUUCAAAAGAAGGCACGUAAAGGAGAAACAUCACAGAAAAUUCUUGAAUGGUUGGGUGAUGAAGCAGUGAAUAUUGUCAUACAGUUCAAGGCAAUGAAGAAUAUAAGUCUGGAUCACUCACGUUGUGAGUUCAUUGCUGCAAGUUCUAUGUACAGGAUCAGCCAAACAAUACUGCUUCAUUUCCAUGAGCAAGAAAAUUGGCCAACAGAUGAAGAACUUUUUGAGUGGAUAUCAACCAUAAUCGCAGAUCUGCUAUGUGCUUGCUUUACCAACUUGCCACAUGUCAUAACCAUGAAGUGUCAUGACGAUGCAAUAGAGAAAAGGGAAGAUAACAUCAAAACUGCAGCUCAGCUUCUUGGUAGAUCCAAAAAGAUCCUGAAAAUGCUUAAAAAACGUCAACUUCCCAACUUACACAUGGAGUCGAUGGGGGUACAUUGA